GCCAGCAACGCAGUUAAACAAAAACAGGAAAACAAGUUUCAGUGGGUGGCGUACUAGUACGGCUCAGUUUUAAAUACAAAGUAAUCUGUGUUGGUCACUUGAGUUUACUACAAAAGAUGGCAAAUUUCUUUUCAAAUCUUUAUGCCAAGAUUUUCGGCAAAUCACCGAUUAGAAUUUUAAUUUUGGGUUUGAAUGCAGGUGUGGGCAAAACAACUGUUUUAUAUAGGCUGAAAGAUGGCACCACCAUUGACAGUACUCACACAGUUGGAUUCAACUUGGAAACUGUGAAACAUAACAAUAUCAGUUAUGAAUUGUGGGACAUUGGUGGUGGUGACAAAAUAACACCUUUGUGGAAUCAGUACUUCCAGAAUACCAAGGCAAUAAUAUUUGUAGUUGAUUCAACGGAUAAGGAGCGACUGGAUGUUGUAGAGCAGGAACUAUAUAGACUGCUGACUGAAAAAGAGCUUGAACAUUGUCCCAUCUUGGUGCUGGCCAACAAGCAAGACUUGCCAGAUGCCAUUAGUGUAGACGAGCUGAAGAUAGCAUUGAAGUUGGACCAAUGGAAACACCGUACUAUCCAUGUACAAUCUGCCGUUGCAAAUAAGGGGACUGGAGUGACUGAAGGUUUUGAUUGGCUUUGCAGUGAACUUGCGAAGUCGGAAAAAUAGAUUUUAAGUUCCUUUGCAUUGAUCUGAAUUAUGCCCUUGGCUUGGUAAAACAAACAUCAUUGAUAUAAAAAAUAAUUGCAAUAUGAAUGUAAUUGUUCUAAUGACUAAAAGAUCAGGUACAGUUGACGUCAAAAGUGUGUUUACAUUUUUCGCCUUAUUAUAAAGGAGUAAGGUGCAAAAACAUUAACGCAUCUUUGAAGUUGACUGUACCACCGUCCACACAGUUAACUGACAAAUUGUAAACAUGAGGUCUUACAUUAGGGUUUAUAGUAAAUAAUACUGUAUUAACAAUAUUAUCUAAUUGUGGCUCUAGUGGAAAGGGGUACAAGUCUCGGGCAGUUUAGGUAAAAAGGGUGUAAGUGCCAUAAAACAUUUGUGCCUUUUUACCCGACUACGGCAACGCAAAAGGAGGGUUAUUUACACCUGAGCUGCGCGAGAUUUGUACCACUUUUUACUAGGGUCACAGCUAUCUUACCAAGGGUAUAAAUUAUGUAUUCAUGUUUAAGUGAUAAUAAUCAGCACUUAUUUUUUUAUUAUUAUCGAAAUUGUGUUAUAAAACGAUUCGUGUAUUACGGGCAGUCGGGCAGAGUGACUGAAUACCAGCACAAACUGCUAGCUGACUGUUGAAUUUAUGUGAGACUUGUAGUCAUGCAUGUAAGAAAUAUAUAAUAGCAUAGCUAACUUUUUAUGUUGAUGUUUAUUAAGGUUUUCGAAUAAUUUUAAGUUUUAUUUAAUAAAACUUUGCUAACAUUUCGUUGUCAUGCAUGUAAGAAAAAUAAAAUAGCAUAGCUAACUUUUUAUGUUAAGUAUGUUUAUUAAGCUUUUCGAAUAUUUUUAAGUUUUAUUUAAUAAAACUAUCGGCUAACA